CUUUGUCUAAUGUCAGUAAUAAUGUAACGUAGAAUUAAAAAAAAAAUGUAUGUUGUUGUACUUUAUUUACAAAUUACUUGGUUUAGUUAAUCAAUCGUUUUAAGGAAGUAAUUAAAGAAGUCAGUGUGUAACUUUUAAAUUUGAUGUAUUUUCUACUUCAACCUUUACCAAAAGAAUAUUAUAAGAUAUGAUAAAGUUUUGGAAAAGCGCAGCAAAAGGUAAAUCCGGCUGUCCAGUACGACCUCCUGAAACGAAUACUACCCCAAGUAUCGAAACUGUACCACUAGAUACAGAAAUUGAUAUUGACGAUAACUUGAAUAUUUUUGAAAAAAAGUCGAAGUUAUCCAUUACUUUAUACGAUAUACUUAUUGAAAAAACAGCUUUUAAUUAUUUUGUGAUGUAUAUGGAAAGCAUAAAUAAACAGUAUCUAAUUAAAUGUUGGUUAGAAUUAGAAAGUUUUAAGUUACAGUCACAGCAGAUGAAUAAUGACAAUGACAAAAGUUAUCCAAAGAUCAGUCAAACUAAAAGUUUGGACAAUCAUCCCAACGACAGCGAGCUUGAUAAAAGUUGUGAUAAAUUUUUGUCACAAAAACUCACCUGGAAAACAAGUGCCACCAGUUUAAAAAUGACCAAAGGCGAAUGUUCCACGAGUUCUUGUGGAGAUUUAAUAGAACACUUAGAUAAUUAUGAACUCUUUGAGGAUAAAAAUUUUGAUAUCACUGAAAGAGCAAUAAGUUUAUUUAAAAAAUUUGUCGCUUUAGAAGCCCCAUAUCAACUAGAUUUAACAGACAAUGUAAGAAAAAUAGUUAUAUCAAAUAUAUGUCAGCCUGAAGGUCUAGUAAGAGAAGAUUGUUUUAAACCAGUGUUGGAUUCUUUAUACCACCAAAUUGAGAAAAAUUUCUUUAGUGCAUUUCAAAAUAGCCCUUUUUAUGCAAAGUCACAGAUAGAUAUAUUAACAAGUGGAUGUAUCAAUCUUAAAGACAUUCUAUAUAAUGAGACAAUACUGUUUUAUUUCACAGAAUAUCUAGAACAAGAGUCUUGCAGUAAUUUGCUAGAGUUUUUAAUAGCAGUUAUGCAUUUUCGAGACAAUGUUUUAAAUGAUCAAUCAAACUCUGAAUCAACUCAAAGCGAUGCAAUAGUACUUUAUGAUAAAUAUUUUUCUCUUCAAGCAACAAAUCCAAUAGGCUUUUCAUCAGAUAUUCGUUUAAAAGUCGAAAGUGAUAUCUGUAGUGAAGCUGGCAUAUGUGGCACCUGCUUUGAUAUACCAUACAAAACUGUAUAUAAUACUCUAAAUAAAUAUGUAAAAACUUUUUUAGGUUCAGAACUAUACUAUAUAUACUUAUCAGAAAUGAUAAAAUCAGUGGAUCGAUUGUGGUCUCCAAACUGCAAAUCACAUUCAGACUGCAGCAGUGAAUUUAGUAUAAGCAGUAAAAAUACUCUCCUAGCAAUGGGUGAUUCUAAUUUUAGAAAAAAACGUAAUCAUUCUGUACCUGAUAUGUCAAUAGAUUCAAAUCAACUUUAUAAUGCUGAUGCUUUAUGGCAAAGGAAAAAGCAUGAUGGUCUAAGUCUUGGUCGUAUUAACAGUUUGGGUAGGUUUGAAUCUAAAUUUGAACCUGAUCCGGAUAAAAAAGAUAAAUCAGUUCUUAAAAAAAUGGUUAGCAAGUUUGUGCCAACAAACCCAUCGAAAGUUGAAGAAGAAAUGGCUUGGCAAAUAGCUCAUAUGAUUGUAAAAGAUAUCACCGAUUUAACCAUGGCUCCACCGGAAAAUUAUAAUGAUCAUGUAUAAAAGUGUGAUAAUAAUUAUUAGUGUAUAAGUAUAUGUAUUUUUUGUAAAUAAGAUAUAAUAAUGUGUAUAAUAUUCAGAAAUAUAUUAAACCUAAAUACAA